ACCCGUCACACAACGACUAAUCGCACCCUAAUUUAGCCGCACAUUCGGGUUGGUGGUUGGACCGUUCUUGAACAAAGAAAAAAUGGAUUCCUGGAGGGGUGGGCGAAUCCUUCCGUGCCGCCGAAAAAAACUUAGCACCCUUCCUUUGCUCGGCGAAAAAUUAGAAGCAGCCCGGUUUCCCAGCUCACCUCCGUGACAUUACAGGCAAUGUUCCAGGCAAAGAUGUCUGACAAGCCAGAUCUCACGGAAAUCGAAGGUUUCGACAAAUCUAAGCUGAAGAAGACGGAAACCAAAGAGAAGAACCCCUUGCCAACAAAGGAGACAAUUGAACAGGAGCGGAAGGGAGAAGCUGCUCUUUGACCAGGGGGACGGGGCUCCAGAGUCGACUGUCACCAGUUUCCCUUUGUUUCACAAAGCGACUUCUCACCAACGAGAGACGCGUGACUGCCGAUGGGAGGAAGAAAUGGCGAAACUGGUUUGGGGCUCCCAUAUGAGGGACUUUUUUUAUUUUUAAAAAAUGAAGCGCCAAUCCAAACUCCUUUGAUUAGAUGAGUUCUCUGUACAAUUUCAUGGUUUUUUUUUAUGUUUCUGUUUCCUAAUAAAGUGAAAAAAAUGUAUUCCA